AUGUCGGUAACCACGACAGACAACCCGGUGACCUCAACCAUCAGCGAAACGCUCCAGGACUACGAGAUCCACCUCACAGGCGAGCAAGACCUGCCGCCGCGACAUGUCUGGGUGCCAUUGACAGACCACCAACCUCCGCCCGUCGACAACCCCGUCGGCUGGGACAACGCGCAUCGCGGCGUGCCCAACUAUCGACCCGUCAACACUCAGCUAGACUUCGCACAGCGACCUUACGGCUCGAAUGGCGUUGAGACGGGCUUUGUUUUUCUGAUGCUCAACGGCGUCUGGCUCACUGGUACGGCUAAUUGGCUAUGGAGGUCAACGGCCGGCAAGGUCACCAACACAGUCUGGAGGUGGAAAGUUGGAGGAGAGUUCUAA